UCUCAAACGUGCAACAGGAACUAGUCGGUCUCUUUUAUUCAAAAAUACACCUUUAAAACAAUACUUUAACCUGCUAAUUUAGUGACACCCGAAAGCAUGACCACAACGGCAAUGAAGCGAAAAUCGAUUUCCGCCGGGGGCUGUCCGUUCGGGGCCAAAAAAGCGAAAGUUGAAAAUGGAACCGGUGGCGGAGCGGGUAAGAAAAUGAAAAAGCUGAAGGUAAAAAAGGAUGGUUUGAAAGUAAAGCGGAAUGCACUAACCAAGGAUAAGAUUCGUAAGGUAAAGAUAAAGAAGGGUACGGCGAAAAAGAUUCUGGAGGAUACGAAGCAACAGCAUCCGGUAGAUAAUACCCCCGCGAAUAAAGUGGUUGAGAAUUUCAGGCAAAAGCUGAACCAAGAUUCAGUACCUAUCGAUGUGAUUCGUCAUUUUACGGCCUCGCUGCAACAGAAUCCCUCUUACGCAGUAGAUUACAUUCGAGCGGGUGGCACGUUUAAGCCGCUGAUCAAAGUUCUGAAUGCUCUCGACAAGGAAAAACUAUCGGACAUUGCGGAGUUGCUCACGUUGAUACACUACAUUCUGAUCGAAAGUGUUAACUAUGACGAAACACAUGCCGAUUAUGCAGCCAAAUGUGCGAAGUCAAUUAUAACCGAUUAUAAGCCAGUAAUAAUGUCGUUGUUAAGGACCCUGCAAAAUGAGUUUCAUAAAUCUUCGGCGUUCCGCAUUCUGAAAGCAGUUCUGCUCGUUGAUUAUAGCCAUGGUAAAGAUAUUCUGAAACUGUUGGAUGUCUGCCUUCCGGAUAUGGAGAUGCUAACUGUUCGCGAAAGUUCGGCUAAUGAUUCGCAUGAAUCGUUACGUGGAGUUUUUAUCGAUUUCAAUCUUUCGUUUCUGAUCGAUACGGGAGCAGAUUUGACCAGAGCUUGGUUAAGUCGUUUUCUGUUGGUUAACCCGCUGGUAUCAAAUCUUUUGUACGACAGGGCUGAAAACGUUAUUUUGGUAAUGAAAACGUUUCAACAAUACGUUUUAGAAUGUCCGGAGAUCGAUAAGUACAUUUACCGUACAACCUUUUCAACGGAUAUUCUAAAAGCAUUGAUACAUGUGUACGAUUGGGUUGGACCACCAAAAGCUAACAUUAACGAAGAACUACGUGCGUCGGUUUCAAAUGCUGUCGAAAAAGUUGUGCUUCCAUUACUGACGUCGAAAAAGUAUCACUUAGUUCCAAAAGUAACCGAUUUAGCUAAAGGAAGCUCCCGGCACAAGCAUAUUCUACUGGCUUUGAAAAAUUCCAAACUAGGCAAGCACCAGAGAAAGUUGAUUCUGAAAAUUUUCGAAGUAUGUCCAGAAGUUUUACCAGCUGUGUUCGAAAAUUUUGGAACUUUGUUAAAAACGAAAAAACCAGAAAAUCAAGCAUUUUUGCUGGAAAUUUUACGUGCACCGAAGCCGAAAGAAAUUGUUCCACGUUUUAUAACGGCAGAUGCGAAGCAAGUUUCAAACUUUGUUGUUAAAUCUACACUUCCAAGAACUAUUCUGGAGUACGUCAGCUCUUUCAUCGACAGCAGACCAGCAAUUUGUUUGGAAAUGUUAUCCGUUAUGUUGGGUCAAUGUGAACAGUAUCUUCAGGAGAUAACUAAGUUGACGAAUCUUGAUCAAUUUGAUCAGAAAAAAGUGAAAUUUGACGUUAUCAACCAGAUAUUGGCACUUUUCCCCACCAUCGAUACCAUAAUGUUUUCCAUGAACUCUGUUAGAACCAACAAACUGGUAUCAAAACCAUACAUCGUUAUGGAAUAUGCUAUGGACAUCCUGAUAGCAUGCAUCAGAACAUUUCCAUCCUACAUAGAAAGUUCCGCCUUCAUUACAACUUACCGCAACAUCCUGGACCCGGUUUACAAAAAUGCUGCCCUAGAACAGGAAUACCUUUCUUAUGAAUUCAAAGCUAUUAAAGUCGUAAUUGCUCUCGAGCCUCAAUCAAUCGCCUUCAACUCCAAUCUGUUUCCAUCGGUUCUCAAGCUGCUAAUCAAAGUUUACCUCCACGGAAACCUAGAAAUGCAACGUGAAUCAACCCAAAUGCUACUGUCUCUUUUCCAAAACACGUCCCUAUUUGGAAACAACCCAACCGAAAUAGAAAUCUGGUUUCAAUCACUCAAGCAAAUUGAAUUCACUUCGGCCAUAUUCCCGUACCUGGCAAAGUCAUUCCGCACUGCAGCUGAGCAGCAAAAUCUUCCCAAAGAGAACGAUCACUCGUUAAUAAACGAAGCAUUCGAAAAGGUCCGUAAAUCGGAUUUGGACGAACUGUUCAAACAAGUCGAAGCCGAAAGCUACGGUCAACAGCAAGCCAGUUCUUCGGACAGAACCAUCGAAUUACCUGUGGCGGAUAACUUCCUGAUGUACAUGUUUCACCCGAGCACGGAAAGACCCGAACAGUUUCGACCUUAUUUGGAAGCGGUAGCUUUGCGCUACUUUCACCUACUACCCUAUCCGGAGAUUGUAGAAAAUUGCUGCAAAAGUUUGGGUGGUUCCAUGUACAAGCACUUCCGGAAAACGGUCGUUGAUGGAAAGCUGAAGCGAUUGGAUGAAAACAAUAGGAACGGUUCGCUUGGAAAGCUCAGCGGAUUUUUGCUAGACAAGAAAACUGUUCCACUAGAUCAGAUUAUACAGGAUGACUCCACGGAUCAACGCUGCGAGUUGGUCUAUCUCAUACAUCAGACCGUUUUCUACGCAACCCGCUUUAUUGAGCAAGGUGAUUUGGACCAAGAAUAUGUAUCGGUGUGCUUGCAUUAUCUAAACACCCUACUAGAUCGGCUUCUGCAGGUCGAAAUCGAACUCCCCGCCCAGGAUCGUAAGCUUGACGAAGUUCUGCGUAACAUUUUCUGCCAUCGACCGGUCUUGUAUCAGCAUUUCAGUAUUCGCAAAGAAAGAACGGAGUUGCGAAAAAACGUGACUGGGCUCGUUUAUCAGCUGUUCAAAAAGUUACAAUCUGUCGAAAGUUUUGGACAGCACACGGUGCUUUAUUCGAACAAAAUCGUUGGCGAACUUAUUAGAUCGUCGACACUGGGAGGAGAUGAAUAUAUCUUGGAUGCUGGAUUGGUCGAGAAGUUGUUAGAAAUAUUUGAACUCAACGAGCGCCAUUGUGUGGAAUUGCUGCAGCAUUACGCCAAUUUGCCCCAUCAAAAGUUUAUCAACGAAAAAAAUGAGAAAACCUAUCAUUACAAUUUGUUGGUUGGUAGCCUGAUAAAAUUGGCCAAAAGCUACGACGUUUUCUUGGACGAACAGACUAUGAAGGGCCUGUCCAAAAUAUAUGUUGACUUCAUUCGAGAAAACGGAAACGAGUUAAACUUAGAGAGUUUAGAAAUCGCAAUACUGGACUACCUAGAGACUUUCAGCCAUAACAUAGCUCAUUUGGAUCUUGACUUGUUCCGAAGUUUCUUCGAGAGCAAACGAUUGGGAAAACCGAUGGUUCGUCUUGCCGCUUUUCUUCUGGAAAGGGAUGAUCGAUAUGGAGAAGCUUUUAUUGAACUGAUUCCAGGGAACAUCACUAAAAAAGAAUUGAUUUAUCCGUUGGUCAAUGUAGCAUUCCGUAAAGGUGUUUUGAGCAACAAUAAAGAUGCUUUGAAGAAGACUAUGACCUCAAUUUACAACGAAUUCAAGAGUGGCUUGAGUAAAACCAUCGAAAAACCAGGCAAAGCUGCGGUGAUCUACAAAGAGAAUCAUAUUGCAAACAGCGAGUUGAUUAAAAAUUGUAUGCCAAGCAAUGAAUGUGUAGAUUUUGCCAAGAAAAAACUUAAACUGGAUACAUUGGAAAUAUAUCAGCUAAAACUCAUGAUGGAGAUCUACCGAAAGGCACUAGAAAGUGCGAAUGAUGAUGUCAACCAAUCCAAAGUAAUUUAUGUAAACGUGUUUAACGUUUUACUGCAGUUUUUCAAUAUUUUAUUGAAGGCUUCUGACAUUACCAAGGAACUGGACAAGCUUCAUGAACUGGUUUUGGUCACCUUUUCAUGGGCAGAAACUUCUAAAAAUUCGAAGCACUUAAAGAACGUAGAAUUCAAAGAAAUCACGGAUAGUUCAAACUGGAAUAAUUUCUGCAAAUUUUCCUUGAAGCUUGGAAUUGACAUUCAAAAGUGUCCCGAUAAUCCCUACAGAUAUGACGAUCGUUUAUAUAUUUUGCUGAAAAUCUCAGCUGUACUCGUUAAUCUUUUUUAUAAAGACAACAGCUCACCUGCAGAAUUGGCUACGCUCUACGAACUAGCUUUGACGCACUCCCGAUUUUUGGAUGUGCUGCUUGUUUCUUUCCAGUUUCGAGUGAAAACAUCACUGGUUCAUCUCCUGUUCAACAUCGCUCGCAAGAAUUCUAGCGUUAUGACCAAGAAACACAUCCCAAUACUGCUGGGAGCUUACGGUGCCACAUUAACGGAAACCAACCGUUACGUUCUAGCCUUGAUUCAGCUUUACGAGCAGUCCAACAUCCAUAUGCACGAAUAUCGCCCUUAUCUGUGGGGAGAAACGGCUAUUAAGCAGUUUUCCCUAGGGCAAGAAUCGUCCGAUAAGCAAACUCUGUUCAGAACAAACAACUCUGAAGCCCUCUCCCUAUUCAGCAAAGACAAUCUAGGCAACACUCUUCGUAGUUUUCCUAUCUGGCGCAAACUAGACGCCACCCGACAACUACCAGAUGUGAACUUUGACGAACUAGUCAAAGACUCUCAAAGCCCAGGAAUGAUACAACCUCAAAAUGAACUGGAACGCUACGUCGAGCAACAGCAGUUUCAUCGGAGAAAAAAUCCUCCAGCUGAACUUUUGGAACACUGUGCCGGAAAGCGAGAAGUUCAGGCAGCCAUAUAUGAUCCCUCAUUUUUGCUUCCAAUGAUGGGUUAUUUGUUUGCACCGGAAAACUACGAUCUGCUCGAUUUGGCUGGUAAAAACGGCGCCCUGGCAAUUCCCUUCGCUUGUCUUGCCAGUGACGAUGAGUCGAUGCGAGUGGCAGCUGCCAGUGUGAUCGUGAGGAUUCGAGGCCAUUUGGAGCUUUCUAGAAAAUUCAUCGACUCAAAAUUUUGGCUGCACUUAUUCAACGCAGUACAGAACGGCGUUGCCACGCUAAACCGGGGGAAACCGUCAAAUAAGGACAAACCGGACAACACCAAGAAAAAGUUACCGAAGCCCGCUUUUCUACCGACCCUGUUCAUCGGCGAAACUAUCAACAUUCUACCGGAAGUUCUGAACGAGCUUCACUCGACUCUCACACACUACUUUCUCCUAAAGGACACGUUCGAUUUCAAAGCGGUCCCAAAUUUCUUGGUAAUGUUCCACAGCAGUGAGGUCAAGCACAACCUGCACCGGGUAUUCAUCAUGGAAACAAUUUACAAUGGCAUCAAAAGUCACGAUGACUUCAUGAUUCUUCGAACAUCCCCCGUCAUUCGAGCGCUGCUAGAUUUUUACGGUUCCCCGCUUUCGAACAGAGAGCUAAACAUUCUUAUUUUAAACGCCCUCAACUCUAUUGUCAAAACUCCAAAAUCGUGUGAGGUGAUGGUCAACACACUAGGCUUUCUAACUUGGAUCAGCGAACGUAUCGAGAGCAUCGAGAGUUUCCAUUUCGACACUAUUGAAGCCUUCCUUGGAAUACUGAGCAACAUUUGGUACUCGGUCCAGGUCCAAAGACAGUCUUUCAACGUACCACAAUUAAGCCGCACCAUUCUGAUAAUAAUCCUGAAAUUUGUUCCUCUUUUUUCAACCCGAAGCUCCAGUAAAACACUAUCACGGUUCCUAAACCUAUUGGAGAAAACGACUACAGAUAAGGAAAGUAACCUAACACUAGUUUCAGAAAAGGUGCUGCAAUCGAUGAUGGAAUACUUCGAAAAGCUGUUUGAACAGCAGCUGUGGCAUGUUAAGUACGUGUUGGCUAAUGGGAAUGUGCAACACUGUGAAGAAAGUGUUUCUUUGGCAAGGAAACUUUCGGCUCAGGGUAUGGAGGACAGUACCAUCUUUGUGGUGUUAUCAUUGAGGCGUUUCGUUAUACAAUGGUUGACGGCGCGAAAUGUCGUCAAAGAAAAUUGAGUUGAUUUUUUUAGUAAUGAUGUAAGCCUAUUUUUAAUAAUAA